UUAGUAUCUUCUUUAUCGCUUAAAAGCAGAAAGUACUACUAAGUGAUAAAAACGCUGCGUUUUGUGUUUGGAGAUCCGUCGGUCGGAAAGUAACAUCUUUAUACUACCGAAUUUGUUCGUUUCUCCGACAAACUCAAGAGAGAGAGAGUUACAGAUGGAGAAGGAGACAGUCAAAACCGAGAAAGUGAAACCUGAGAAGGAGCUCUGUGACGGUGAAGAUGAAAGAUUGAGUCAACUGAGAGAGGAAGAAUCACUUGGGACUAUCGGUGAGGAUUUGGAGGAUGUACAUGACGAGGUUGUACGAGAAAUCCUAGCUAAGGAUCAAGGUGAAGAUGUUCCAGAAAAUUCACUAGUGGAACCAAAUGAUCAAGAUGUAAGAGAGGUGAAGGAGAAGGAAGAUGUUGUAAGUGUGGUUGUGGACACAUCUCCUGUGUUAACUGCAUCAUCAAACACAUCAGUGGUGGAGCCGUCUCUAUCUUCAGAUGCUUCAGCUGCACAAGGUCAAAAUUCUGAUUCUGGAGUGGUCAACAACUUGUUUGUUUCUCCUGUUCUGAAGACAGAUAGCGGCAAGGAAGAGACUGUAAGGGAGGUGAAAGCAUCUCCUGCUUUGACUCCAUCAGUGGUGGAGCCAUCUUUACCUUCGGAUCCUUCAGCUUCCCAAAGUCAAGCUCUACCACUGGUAGAGCAAAAAUCUGAUUCUGGUGUGGUUAACAACUUGUCUGUUUCUCCGGUUCUGAGGACAGAUGGCGUCAAGGAAGAUGUUGUAAGUGGGAUUGUGUCAGUUGAUGACGUGGCAGUAGAAAACCGUGAGGUGCAAGCAUCUCCUGGUCUGUCUAAAUCGUCAGACCCAUCAGUGGUGGAGCCAUCUCUACCUUCUGAUCCUUCAGCUGCCAAAAGUCAAGAGCAGAAAUCUGAUUCUCCGGUUCAUAUGACAGAUAGCUGCAAGGAAGAUGUUGUAAGUGAGGUUGCACCUGUUGAUGAAGUUGUAGUAGAAAACCAUGAGAUGGAGACAUCUCCUGCUGUGUCUGCAUCGUCAGACAUAUCAGUGGUGAAGCCAUCUCUACCUUCGGUUCCUUCAGCUGCCAAAGGGCAAGGUCUAUCACUACUACAAAAAAGUUAUGACUCUCGGGUGGUCAGGAACUUGUCUGUUUCUCCUCUUCUGAGGACACCGCCACGUGAUGGUUACAAUUGGAGAAAAUAUGGGCAGAAGCAGGUCAAGAGUCCCAAAGGAUCAAGGAGCUACUAUAGAUGUACCUAUUCUGAAUGUUGUGCUAAAAAAAUCGAAUGCUCCAACGAAUCAGGAAACAUGGUAGAGAUUGUUAACAAAGGUUUGCAUAGUCAUGAACCUCCUCAGAAGAGUAGCUUCUCCCCAAGAGGGAUAAAGGCUGCAUCAGCUAUUACACCAGUUUCAGAGGAUGAUACAGUUGUAGCAAGAGUCCCUCCGCCUCCUUCAACUAAAGAACACAUAUGUCAGUCGGCAACAAACGUUGAACGGAAGAGAAACUGUGAGAGUGAAGCUGUGGAGGAACCAGAGCCAAAACGGAGACUGAAAAAGGAGGAUAACACACAAAGUUCAGAUUCUAUCUCCAAACAUGGAAAGAAACAUAAACACGUAGUACACGCAGCUGGUGAUGUUGAGAUCUCUGGUGAUGGAUACAGAUGGCGUAAAUACGGGCAAAAAAUGGUGAAAGGGAAUCCUAAUCCAAGGAAUUACUAUCGAUGCACUUCUGCUGGUUGUCCUGUCCGGAAACACAUCGAGACAGCAGCAGAGAACACAAGAGCUGUUAUAAUCACUUACAAAGGAGAACAUAACCACGACACACCGGUGCCAAAGAAGCGGCAUGAUGCUCAUAGCUCAGUGCUCUUAUCCCCAGCAUCAAAGAGAAAUAGGUUGGAAGAUCAGGUGAACAUUCCUUCUUCAUCAAGCCAGUGUUCGGUGGGACGAGAAAGUGAGAAGCAGAGCAGUGAAGUAUUGGAUGUUGUUGGUGGCUUGAAAGUGUGAUGGAAUAGGCUUUGGAUUCGAAAAUAAAGCAAUGCUGAUUUGUAUGUAAUUUAUAAGGUAGAGUUGAUCGACUGACUCUAUUUUCAGUCUCCUUGUUCUGGUUAUAUAAUAAAACAAAACUAAACUCAUGAAGUUGUUUAUUAACCUAUUAUUAAGAAUAAUAAUCAGGUUUUGUGUUUAAUAAUAAUUUAAAUGUUAAUCUUCUAUCU